GAGUAAUGCCUUCAGUGUCACUGUGUCUUUGAAACAGUGAGAGAGAAGAGGUAGCAUACAUCAGAUUCUCUCUAACCUAACAGAGUUCAAAAUAAUAUCAAAAUGUGUGAUAUGGGAGGGCUUGAUAAUCUGAUAGCCAACACUGCCUUCCUACAAGCCAGAAAAAGUAUAGAUUUGGAUACAAAGGACCUCCAGAGAAGGCGCAAAAGCCUGUCCCUGCCCAAGCCAGAGCAAGCGCUAGAAAUAAGGCAGAAAAUUAAUGCUGACUUUGACAGCAUUUGUGAACAACAGCCAAUCGGUAAAAAAAUUUUUAGGCAGUUUGUAGAAACUGUUCCUGAAUACCAAGUCUCGAUGGAUUUCCUAGAUGAAGUAAACAACUGGGAAUUGGCAGAAAAUGGUACAAAAGACAAUCUCCUUCAGAAUAUCAUGACAAGCUAUUUGAAUGCAGACUCAAAAAAUUACCUGCCAUUCCUAAGCGAUGAGUUAGCUGAAAGAUUUAAAAAUGCUUCUGAGAAGGAUUUUCCUGGAUUUCUGGAACAAGCCAAAGAAGAAAGUCGAAAGUUUCUUAUGAACAGACCUUAUCAAGACUUCCAAAACAGUCCAUUUUUUGACAAAUUCCUGAGGUGGAAAGUGUUUGAAAGUCAACCUAUCACUGAAAAGUAUUUCUAUGAGUUUAGAACCCUGGGAAAAGGCGGCUUUGGAGAGGUGUGUGCGAUUCAAGUUAAGAUAACAGGAAAGAUGUACGCCUGUAAAAAGCUGGACAAGAAGAGGUUGAAAAAGAAGAACGGAGAAAAGAUGGCUUUGCUGGAGAAAGAGAUUUUAGAGAAAGUGAACAGUCGCUUUAUUGUCACUCUGACCUAUGCUUAUGAAACCAAACAUUGCCUUUGCCUUGUCAUGACUCUAAUGAAUGGGGGAGAUCUCAAAUUCCAUAUCUAUAAUGUUGGAGAAAGGGGACUAGACAUGAAUAGAACUAUUUUUUAUUCAGCUCAGAUAACAUGUGGUUUAUUACACCUUCAUUCUAUAAAUAUUAUCUACAGAGAUAUGAAACCUGAAAAUGUACUUCUUGAUGACAAUGGAAACUGCAGACUGUCAGACCUGGGCCUGGCGGUGAGAGUCAGAGAAGGGAAGCAAAUCAACCAGAAGGCUGGAACAAAUGGUUAUAUGGCUCCAGAAAUUCUUCAGGAGGUGGAUUACUUAUAUUCCGUGGACUGGUUUGCUUUGGGGUGCAGCAUCUACGAGAUGAUUGCUGGCAGAACUCCUUUUAAGGAUUUCAAGGAAAAAGUAAGCAAGGAUGAAGUCAGGAGAAGAACCUUAGAAGAUGAAGUAAAAUGUACCCAUGUGAAUUUUACAGAAGAAGUAAAAGAUAUCUGCAAGCUGAUGUUGGUAAAGAACCCAGGGGAUCGUUUAGGAAGCAGGGGACCAGAUGAUGACCCUCGAAAACAUCCAUUCUUUAAAACAAUCAACUUCCAGAGACUGGAGGCUGGCCUCAUUGACCCGCCUUUUGUGCCUGACCCUUCUGUUGUAUAUGCAAAAGACGUUGCAGAUAUUGCUGACUUCUCAGAAGUGCGAGGCAUAGACUUUGAUGAGAAAGACAAGAAAUUCUUUAAGAAAUUUGCAUCUGGUGCUGUUCCAGUUCCCUGGCAAGAAGAAAUGAUAGAAACUGGACUUUUUGAUGAGCUCAAUGAUCCUUCCAGGCGGGAAUCCAUGGGGGGUGGCUCUUCAAGUGGAAGCUCCAAGUCAGGUGUAUGCUCAGUUCUGUAAAAUCACUUAUAGCAUUUGACCUAUGGUGCAUGUAUAAACACUUUGACAUUUUCACAAUAUGAGUUAAACAGAUGAACUCUGCUGAGUGUUGUUAAAAGGUAUAGAGGCAGUAGGCCUUAAUUAAUUGACUGGAAGCACUGCGAUGGUCCUCUUCAAAAGGAAGCAAAAUAAUAUCAUCAGAGUCUAAGACACUCACUGUAGUACUGCACCAGUGGAGAUUAUUUUGCUCAUGGCAUGGACCAGAUUUGACAAUCCUCAAUAUUGCAUGCAAUAUACAUGUUUAUGGAAGAUGCUCUGUGUUAUUCUUCACCUUUAAAGGCAGCUCUGAUAUAAAACCAAACAACUGAAAUCUGGGGACUGUGGUGGUCAUUCCAUUGGACUGAAUGCCAAAAAAUAAUUUUUGCCCUUGAUCGUUAAGCUUUUAAGGUCUAUAUAUGCUAAAAAGAUUCAGUCUUCUUGGUUCAAAGUGGUCAUUUGGCAUAAGUGUUUAUUGUCACAUGCUAUAUUGCAGUGUGAGGUUUGAACACAUUUGUUUUCAGACUGAAUGAUUUGUCACUUUGCAUGGUAUGUAGUUUUCUAAAAUUGCACUAGUAAUUGGUAAAAUUGUAGUAUAAAGUCAGUCAUUCAGGAGCAGCCGAAAGAAGAAGAUUAAUAAAAAAUGUCUGUCUUAUGUUAUCACUUUACAUACUAAACAAAUGUUACAUUAAGAUGUGCUUUGGGCAAAGACUAGCACAAUCAGGUGAUGGAAGACAGAUAUCUGUUUGAAUAACAUAUCAAAUGUUGUACAAUGUAUCAUGUCAUAUUAUGCCAGACAGACAGACAAGAGAUUUUUACAUGCAUUCAUAAGAUGUUUAAAUUCUAUGUGCUGUACUUGUACCUCGACAAAUGGCCAAAAAUGACACCUAAUAUGACAAGUAUUGCUUUAUGCAACCAUUCUUACUGCAUAAAAAACAAAGCUGCAGAUACACAUGCUAUUUAACCUAAAAUGUUUAUAGUUUGCUUUGAGUAUAAAGUUAUUGUAUUGAUUUGUAGUCAGAUAGGUAAAAUGGAAUAUAAAUGUGUUAUAUGUAGUGCAGAAAAUUAGGCUGCACAGAAAGCCAUUUCAGGAAUUGCUCAUAUGUUUCUGAAAACCAGUGUUCUGAUAUUUUCAGAAGUGCUUUAAAAUCUUUUUAAGAUCUUAUAAUGCAACCUUUUUAAGUUUUUUUUUUUCAGUUUGCAAGACAUCACUUAUGUUAGUGUCUUUACUACGUCGUCAUUCAUUACUGUAUAGUCUUGCACAGGCAUACCAAUGAGUGUAUCUUUCAGCAUUUUUUGUAAAGAAUGUCAUGAAUAGUUUGAAAUGCUAGUACACAAAGAGGUUUGUAACACUGACACUGUAGCACUUCAAACACACAAUAAAUGGAUUCUG